AGCUGGAGGAAGGCGUUGGGGGUCAGAGAGAGAGAGACAAGGAUCCUUGGGGAGGAGCUUCCAAUGGAGGAAAGCGAGGACAUCUAGCAGGAUGUUGGUAAUUAUGGAGUUAUCACCCGAGCCCAUCAUGGAUGAUCCUCAAACAACAGGCAGGCACUAUUUAGGAGUCAAGCAAAGCGCCUAAGUAACCUGAAUAACUGGGGGGGGGGGGGAAUAAAUGUUGGUUUUGUGGUUGUGAAGGGAACCCCUAUUCCAAGUAAGAUUAUUCAAGCAAGUCUCAUCACCAAAUACCUCCAUUUUCACUUCCGUUUCGUUUUUUUUUUUUUUUUUUUUUUUUUUUUUUAUCCCAAGCUAAUUCAAUCCAACCAAACCAUUGGGUCCAACCGAACGCAUUCUAAUUCAAUCUUAUCUAAGCCAACCCAAACCCAACUUUACCUAAUCCAACCCGAACGAAUCCAAUGUAUCUCAACCCCAUCUAAUCCAGCUCAAUCUAGUUUAAACCCAACCUUGUCCAAGUUAUUCCCAGCCAAACGAACUAAACGAGGCAAGUCUCCCCCUUCAUGUUCCGUUUUCUCAACUCCAUUCCCGUUUUCUGUGAUUGAGGCUGACGUAAACAAACCGAGUGACAGAAGACACGACCUGCCUCAUCACCUCGCCUCAUUUCUCAUCAGUCAAGGCGAAAUGAGGAUACAUACGUGAUGGAAACUUGGGUAUCAGCCGAAGCAGCUAUGGUAUGACUUGAUGAGAGAGGAGGAGCAGCUAUGAAGCCAACCAGCUUUCUGUUUAGUCUUCCAGAUCCUCCCUGGGAUGCUCUGCUGGGCGUCCUAUUUUUUGCAUUCGUUUCCCUGUCCUCUGUGGAGGGGAGUCUGGAUGUGGAUCCAUCCGAGUUUCCUCACCGUGGUGACCUGCAUAUAGUCCGCGGGUCAAGCGUCCUCUCUCUGGCAUGGGUGGUAGAGAUCCGAGAGGGAUGCUCCCUCAGUCAGAUCCUGGGGAAUUUAAGAAGAAAACCUAUCCUAGAUCGAGGCAGGGGAUGGCAGCUGCAAGUGGAGAGUGCACCAUUACGGACAAACCAUACCAAAGGCCAUUCAGGCACGGCAAGUGAUAAUGCCACAAGUACUUAUGCAAACAUGUCAGACUUUCACUCCUAUAGUAGGGCAUUCUGUCCUAAGGAUAUACCAGCACAUUUGAUAUUACUGAAGCAGAUUGAACCCUUGGGAAAUGUGUACGUGGUGGCACACCCCUAUUUCAGAACGUUCUCCCAGGAGAAAAGAAGGCGGAUUCAGAGGAGAAAGAGAAAUGCCUGUGGCAGUUUCCGAGCCAGAAAUGCAACAGACAGACAGCCAGAUAGUUGCCAGAGUAUGAUUGACAGUGAGAGUGUUUUCCUUAAAGUUCAAACCUGCUUGGAAAAGGUUUUUCGUGCUCACCCUUGUAUUGUGUAUGCUAGGCAAGAAGUACUUAGAGUGAGGCAGAAGCGACGUAGAAUAGUCUUCCACGACCCACUCUUUGAAGAGCAGUGGCACCUGAGAAAUCCAGUGCGAGGCCAGUACGACAUCAACGUCCUAGGGGUGUGGGAGAGCGGAAUCACGGGACGUGGUGUGACAGUGUGCGUGAUUGACGAUGGCCUGGAGUGGCGGCACCCGGAUCUGCGGGAUAAUUACAACCCAGCUGGAUCUUAUGACCUCAAUGCCGAUGACCCCGACCCUUCGCCUGUUAAGAAUGGAGAGCGGAAUGAGCAUGGAACAAGGUGUGCGGGUGAGAUUGCUGCUGCAGCCAACAGCGUGUGUGGUGUUGGGGUUGCCUACCGUGCUAACAUCUCAGGCAUUCGUGUACUUGGUGGUCGCAUGACGGAUUCCAUGGAGGCAGCUGCGUUCAUCCAGGGUUUAGAUGUCAAUGAUAUUUACUCUUGCAGCUGGGGUCCUGAUGAUGAUGGGCGGACAGUGGAUGGGCCACACCACCUUGCUAGCCGGGCCUUGGCACAUGGCAUUACCUAUGGCAGGAAAGGCUAUGGUGCCAUCUAUGUUGUGGCUUCAGGCAACGGUGGCAGAAAGAAAGAUAACUGUAACUUUGAUGGCUAUGCUAAUUCCAUCUACACGAUAACAAUUGGAGCAGUGGACAUUCGGGGGCAGAUGCCAUAUUAUGCAGAGGAAUGUGCUGCCAUGCUGGCAGUCAUGCCCAGCUCUGGCAGUAAUGGACAUGAUAUUGUAACCACGGAUUGGCGUGAGAUCAGUGCCACAGGAUGCACCAAGCAUCACUCAGGAACGUCGGCGGCGGCCCCCUUGGCAGCAGCGGUGGUGGCACUGGCCUUAGAGGUGCAGCCAUGUCUCUCAUGGAGAGAUGUUCAGUACCUCAUUGCACUCACCUCCAGAAAGAUCGACACGGCCAACUCAGACUGGUCGACAAAUGGGGCCGGCCUGCACCACUCACACCAGCAUGGCUUCGGCCUCAUUGAUGCGGCUGCCGUGGUCUCAGCGGCAACUGUCUGGGAGUCCGUACCGUUUGCUACCGCCUUUACCUCUGAGCGCAUGGUUGUCAAGCGUGAACUUCCGUCACAGAGGCUUGGUGAAGUCACUGUUUCGUACGAAGUCACUGAGGAGGUACUGCAGGGCUAUGCUCUGAGGAUCCUGGAGUUUGUGCAGGUUCGUGUGACAGUGGAGCACCAGUACCGGGGCAGCCUCCAGAUCAGCCUGGUGUGUCCUAGUGGAACUCGAUCUGUGCUUGCCACACCAAGGGAUGCUGACAACUCUUCGAAGGGUCUCAGUGACUGGCCUCUGGGGACUGUGCGUUGCUGGGGUGAGGACCCCUUGGGAACAUAUCAGGUGACUGUUAUGCACACACGACACCAGCAACUCAAGGGCCGGCUGGUAUCGUGGCAGCUGGUGCUUCAUGGGUGCUCUAUGUUGCCCCUGGAGUUGCAGGGGAGGAGAAGGACGGUGGAGCGUGCUGUAAGAGGAGAGGUGGUGCAUGUGAACAGGAGCCAGCUGUGCCAUCCGCCGGAACUAAGGUUUGAGCCCUUCCAACCCCUGCCAGAAAGGUGGCUGAAGGUGCUAAUCAUCACAGGGUUCUUCCUGCUGUUCAUGGCAGUCUUCAACUCCAUUGAGUAUAGAUCGGAAGAGCGUCGUGUAGGAAUAUCUUCUCUAGUAUAUGACGAAAAGGAGAAGUUCUACAAGAAGUUGAAGGACCUCUCAGCAGGACGGGCUAUGCACCAGCGAGGGGUUAGUGGGGGCCGUAGGGUGGGCACCUCAGACCACAGAUAUGGCAGCAUGGAGUCAGGCAAUGGUGUACCAGGUGGGGGGGGUGAGACAGCUCUCCCUGCAACUGCCUGUGUCAAUGAAGUGCUUCCCCUUAUGACUCUCGACCGGGGGAGCUCCCCAACGCUUUCCUGUGAUGCUGACGUAUCUAGUCUGAACUGUGAUAGUGAUGAGGAUAAUCUCUCAUCCCACUGCACAAGUGAUACCGUAGUACCAAAGGACACAGAUGUCACAGACUUCACCAAUGAUGAGUUCCUUUCAGAGGCAGAUGAUGAGCGGAGAGGGCCAACCAGUGUGGAGAUUGUACAAUGA